AAGUUCUGUGUGACAUUCAACAUGUUCAAAAAACAGAGAUGCGUGGAAAGAACAGUUUUGGGAAGUAGGUUUGCGCUAACUUUACGGAUGGUUAGCCCAUGACGAUCCAGGCCAUGGCUCGUCAAGGACGUGAGGAGACAAUAAUCCUAGUAUUGAAUCACCGAUUCUCGCCUAUGCUCGAGCUUUGAUAAAGCUGACAUAACCUGCGUGUGCUGCAGCAAUCACACUGGUCUGGGCUGACGGUGCUGGGUCCAGAAUCGCAUGCGGUCCCAUCUUUAUCUCGGACACCGAUCAGCCACGUAAAGAACCUUAUGUUGCUGUUUCUGUGGCCACAGAGCCAUUGACAUUGCGUUAACGCAGCCAGUAAAAAUGGCUGCAUGUGUGGUUGUUGUGCUGGCAGCGCUGACCUGUGGUGCUUAUGCAACAGACAGACCAGUGAUAGGAGUACUGGCACAAGGCACCUAUGGGCACUUUGCCAAGUAUGGCCACAUGUACAUAGCGGCGUCCUACGUGAAGUUCGUGGAGGCGGCGGGCGGACGGGCCGUGCCCGUAUUCAACAACCUGAGUGCAGAGCAGGCCGGAGAGGUGUUUGAGCAACUCAAUGGCGUAUUGUUGCCGGGUGGUGGUGCCAACUUGAGCGAUUCCGGUUAUGCACUUAACAGCCGAGUGCUUAUCAAUAAGUCGAUUGAAGCGUUCAAGAAAGGAGAUCAUUUCCCGGUUUGGGCUACAUGCAGGGGAAUGGAAGAGCUCGUUGCAAUGUUUGGGAGCUCUGAUCUGCUGAGCUUUUUUGAUUCGUCCAACAUCAGCCUUCCGCUGAAGUUCACGAAACUUGCUGCUGAUAGCAAGCUUCUUGGAUCUUGUCCAGAUGAGAUUGCGCAAUGGUUGCGCGUGGAGCCACUAACGAUGAACUUCCACCGGCUCGGAAUAAGUCCUGAGAGCUUUGAAUCCACUGUGUCUCUUGCCAAUGUCUUUGAUGUUCUGGCUACUAGUACUGACCGAGAUGGAAAGGAGUUUGUCUCGCUCAUCGAGGCCCGCGACUAUCCGAUCUUCUCGUCCAUCUUUCACCCGGAGAAGAGUAUGUUUGAGUGGAACAGCAAGUACGACAUCAACCACUCGCUUCACGCUGUCAAGGCCGCUCAGUAUUUUGCUGAUUUCUUCGUCAACGAGGCGCGCGCCAGUACUCACAGCUUUCCUGCGAACACCGAUGCUGCGGCGGCUGCCCUGCACCUCUUCUACGACUACGAGCCAGUGUACACGGGAAAGAACGGCUCCAUGUUUGAGCAAUGCUACUUCUUUUAGCAGCCUGUGCUCCUCACACGCCGCAGGGCUCUUCGCACUUUAGGUACGUGCGUGUGCAUGUGUACGUACACGCACACAUGCAACUUUGCAUGUGAUGCACUAUUCACAUUAACGUGCAAUUCACGGUGAGUGAAAUUCACUGCGGAAAGCCUGGCCCGUUUCGCCGGGUUUUGCUUCACAGAGCGUUUUAUGUACUGAUUUUUACGCGUCGAUAUGGACUUCUGGCCUGGCUGCUGGUCGGUCAUUGGCGAAUUACACAGCUGACACAUUUUUCUAGUUCAGCAUUCUUACCACUUUACAGCUUUGUUUUUAGCGUGACCAUUAUGUACACGUAUCAUCUGACCUUGUCUACAUUAGAAUCCGAGAAGAAACGUGUACACAACUGGAGGUGCUGGUCUAGCCAGCCAUGUGUAUGCAUGCGGUACAAUGUACUACAAAUUCCAGUACCCGAAGCCGUGCAGAAGACGUUACACAAUACGAGUGGUGUCUGGCGUAGCCGGGGUCCUCAGA